CAACACUGCAGCAUCAGCUCCCUCGACUCCACUACCAAUCCUUCAUCACCCGAAUCUACAGUUCUUCAAAUCUUCAUCCCAAGCACAAUGAAGCUCUCCAUCUCCGCGAUUGCUCUUGGCUUUGCCAGCCUCACAUCCGCCAUUUCUGUCUCUUACGACACCGGCUACGAUGAUGGAAGUCGCUCCUUGACCGCUCUGUCUUGCUCAGAUGGCAAAAACGGUCUCAUCACCAGAUAUGGAUGGAGCACUCAGGCCAGCGUCCCUUCUUUCCCUCGCAUCGGUGGCUACCAAGGUGUCGAAGGCUGGAACUCUGCCCAGUGCGGUACUUGCUACGGCGUCACAUACAACGGCAAGACCAUAUACGUUCUGGCUGUUGACCACACUGCCACUGGGUUCAACCUCGCUCAAGCUGCCAUGGACGAGCUCACCAACGGCCAGGCUGCGCAGCUCGGACGCAUUGAUGCUCAGUACGCCCAGGUCCCCACCAGCAACUGUGGCUUUUAGGCGCAGGUUAGACGAGCGCUACACCCGGUGGUAAAAGUCGCAGGAAAAAGCCUGAUGAUCGGGUUAUUAAUGUUUAUUGCUUUAAUAGUAGAUUGCAUAGUAUGGGCAGAGCAUUUACGACAGCGAGUCAUUCCUUACGAAGAGAUCUACGAAUCAACAUAUCUUUUUUGAAUACACUUCUUCGAGGGUGAUCCUGAAGAGUGCCAGCCAAUCUAUGCGCAUGUUCAGUAACAUUAAGAGACAUUUGAAGACCACAAUAAGCUCUAUUGGUCGUAUUCCAGUCUUUCGGCGAUACAUAGUCAAGCUACGUUUCCAG